GAGAGAGAGAGAGAGUGUGUGUAUGAGAGUAGGGUUGUAAGAGGACGGCCUUUCAAACUGAAAAGAAAUCGUUUGUGUCAGGUGGCCGAAGAGUUGGAAUACCAGAGGGCAAUAGCAAUUGGAUCUCGAAGCUCCAAACUGUACUUUAUUUUUAUACAAAAUUGCGAAGAUGUCUGGACAAAGCAUAACGGAUAGGAUAACUGCAGCUCAACACAGUGUUACCGGGUCUGCGGUUUCCAAAACUGUGUGCAAGGCGACUACGCAUGAAAUUAUGGGGCCAAAAAAGAAGCAUUUGGAUUAUCUGAUUCAGUGCACCAACGAGAUGAAUGUGAACAUCCCACAGUUGGCCGACACACUGUUUGAGAGAACCACCAACACCAGCUGGGUGGUAGUCUUCAAAUCCCUCAUAACCACACAUCAUCUGAUGGUCUACGGCAACGAGCGGUUUAUUCAGUACUUGGCUUCAAGGAACACGUUAUUCAACCUCAGUAAUUUUUUGGACAAAAGUGGGUUGCAAGGCUAUGACAUGUCAACUUUCAUAAGGAGGUACAGCCGCUAUCUGAAUGAGAAGGCUGUGUCGUACAGACAAGUUGCUUUUGAUUUCACAAAAGUCAAAAGAGGUGCGGACGGUGUGAUGAGGACUGUGAACACAGAGAAACUACUAAAGACCAUACCCAUCAUCCAAAACCAGAUGGACGCUCUUCUCGAUUUCAACGUCAAUGCCAAUGAACUCACAAACGGGGUCAUCAACGCAGCCUUCAUGCUCCUGUUUAAAGACGCCAUCCGACUGUUCGCCGCCUACAACGAAGGGAUCAUCAACCUGCUCGAGAAGUACUUUGACAUGAAGAAAACCCAGUGUAAAGAGGGACUUGACAUCUACAAGAAAUUCCUCACCCGAAUGACAAGAAUCUCAGAGUUCCUAAAAGUUGCAGAGCAAGUAGGAAUCGACCGAGGGGAUAUCCCAGACCUUUCCCAGUUUACGGUUUGUGCCCCAAGCAGCCUCUUGGAUGCCCUGGAGCAGCAUUUGGCGUCCUUAGAAGGGAAAAAGGUCAAAGAUUCCACAGCCGCGAGCAGAGCCAGCACACUGUCUAACGCGGUGUCAUCCCUGGCCAACACUGGCAUAUCCUUCACCAAAGCAGACGAAAGGGAAAAACAGGCCGCGCUGGAGGAGGAACAAGCACGCUUAAAAGCGCUGAAGGAGCAACGUCUGAAGGAACUCUCCAAGAAGCCCGCGUCCUCGGCCACCACGGCCGCGUCCCCCGUGUCCACGGCCGGGGGAAGCAUCAACACCGCUCCUGCCAUAGACCUCUUCUCAACCCCCAGCUCCACCAACAGCUCUUCAAAGGUGCAGAAUGACCUACUGGAUUUGCAGCCAGUAUUUCAGCCAACGCUGCCUCUCUCCUCAGGGCUGCCAGUAGCCAACACAUGGGGAGACUCCUUCUGUGGUCCAGCAUCUUAUCCUAACACUUCUCUCUACCCCUCUGAGCCCUCUGCUGUAGCUGGCCUAUUUGGAGGGUUUUCAGCUUCUCCAGUCCCUCAACCACAGACCUCAAGAGGCCUUAACGUUGACUUUGACUCUGUGUUUGGCAAUAAGUCAACUACUGCCAACAGUACAGACUCCACUGACGAUGUUUUAGGUGGUAUCCUGAAACCCACAGCGGCCACUCCACCCCAGGGCCUGACCCCCAGCACUCAGCAGGCAGGCAAGCUGGUCUCCGACGACCUGGACUCCUCUCUGGCUAACCUCGUGGGCAAUCUGGGCAUUGGUAAUGGUACAGCAAAAAACGAUCUUCACUGGAGUCAGCCGGGUGAGAAGAAAUUGACAGGUGGAACUAAUUGGCAACCAAAGACUGCCCCUACUACAACCUGGAACCCUGCCACCAUGGCACCAUCUGUCAUGGCCUUCCCUGCGACUACGCCGACGGGAAUGAUGGCAUAUGGAAUGCCCCCUCAGGUGGGCACCAUGGCCAUGAUGACCCAGCCCACCAUGAUGUACGCCCAGCCUGUCAUGAGGCCGGCAAACCCUUUUGGCCCAGUCUCAGGUGCACAGCCGUCAGCGGCCUCUAGUCCCUCCAGUCAAAGUCCUCUCAGAGCUCCUGGACAGGAUCCCUUUGCACAGCUCUCUCUCAAGGAUUUCUUGUAGAACAUCUUUAGAUGCAGUUCAUGUAAAACGAGGAGAGAGAGAGACAGAGAGCGCGUCUUGGCUCUCAGACGAUGUACUACAAAAGCAGCAAAUUACAAACCUUUAAUCCUACUGUUUGCUGUUUGACUCUUCACGGAGGAGAUCAGCCCACUGAGAACUUGUGAAGGAAUCAAAAAGGGGGGGUAAUCACAGGGAGGGGGGAGAACCAUGUUGUGAGAGGGGCGUCCUAAUGGGAUGGGACAACCCGUUCUGUCAUUUGUCUACCAAGGUAACAGUGUGUGUGGCUGUCAUUUGCCCAUGUCUAGGGUUUCUUCAUCCUGUUUGCCAUCUGUAAAAGUUUCACAUGGGUGUGGAGAGAGAGAGAGAGAGAGAAAGAGGUAUUUAGACUUUGCUGUAACAUUUCAGGAAAUAGUUGGUCAUAACAGACACGCACGCAAAUACACACACCAGACACAGGGCUUGAUGUUUUCCUGGUGAAAGACAUGGGGGUGGGUGGGUAGUGUAAUCUCUUUAUCUGAUCAUCCAUCAUGCAUUACCUGAUUUAACCGUCACCCAGUAGAAAAUGCUAACUUCAGUUUCUACCAUGAUUUCUAUUCUAUUUUUAUUUUUUUAUGUGUUAGGUUUGCAGUAGACAUUCCUUGUGUUUUUGUUUGUAUUUAUUUAUGAUUACCCAUUGAGGACAUGAAAGGAAAAAAAUAAUUACUGAGAUCUUCAUUGUGGAAGGUAUUUAGGAAUAUUCAAACAUGGGUAUGAUUGAUUGUAUAAUUGGAUUUUGAGAGUGAGAUGAGAAAAAAAAAAAAGUAAUAUAAACAGAAAAAAAAAAAAUGAAACCACCUGUAAACUGACUGAGAGCACUAAGUAUUGUCUGAACCAGUUUUAUGUCUAGUGCAAUUCUCUGCAGCUCUGAAACUCACACCCCCUACGUUUAUAAGAGAGAAAAUCGGGGGAGUAUACGGUUCAUUAAUCCAUAUAGUCAAAUCUGUGCCUAGGGUUUUUUUUUUUUCUUCUUCUUCUUCCCUUUU